GUGUUUUAAAUGUACAUACCAUAUGUACGUACAUAUUUAAUCGAAUGUCGAAUGUUUUUCUUUACCAAAUGUCAACGGGUUAAUAAACAACAUUCUGCUGUCAAAUUGACGUUUGGAAGCACAACGUCGCAGUUCGUUUCAAGCGUUAGUACGCAAUAAUUGUUAAUGCUUUAUUGAUAUUGACAAUAAGUUUAAUGUGAAACAUUAAUUUGUUUGUGUAUAUCAAAUAAAAAUAUUUUAGGAACAAUUAAAAUCGUGCCGCCAAAAAGCUGUAACUUGCAACUGACUCCAUGAUGAAAAUCAAACUACAUAGUACAUCAAGAAUGGUUGGAAAGCAAAGUAACGCUACCAAAAAUAUUUCUUUAAAAAUGCUAUCGCGUAAGAUUUAUAAUCAAAAAAUUGUAACAGAUGUACGUAAAAUUCGCAGUCAAAGUAAAUUAUCUCAUAUCCUGAGUAACAAGAAAAAACCAAAAGUUGUCCGAAAGGCAAUAAAAGUAGAUGCAACUCGUUCAAAUAAGGCAUCAAGAAUGGUUGGAAAGAAAAACAAUACUAUCAAAACUAUUUCUUCAAAAAGGCAAUCGCGUAAGAUUGAUCAUCGAAAAAAUGUAUCAAGUUCACGUAAAACUCGCAGCCAAACUAAAUUAAUUGAUAUCAUGAGUGUCAAGAAAAAAUCAAAAGUUGGCCCAAAGAAAAAAAUUAAUAUUCUUGAACGCAAGCCAAUAAAAGUAGAUGCAGCUAGAUCAAGUAGAAAUCAAAGGACAUCCAAUGUUUUGAAUUGUGCUUCAGAGGAUGGGAAAGAUACUAAAGGCACGAAGGAAAAGAUAGAUUCGAUAAAAUACAAAGAGAUGUCUGAAAAGAGAACUCGGAUUAGACCUGUUCCAUAUUGGUUAAACGAAACACGAAUUAAAUACGUUAGAUUACCAAAUGGAUGCUGUGAAAUUGCGAAACAUUCUGACGAAACAAGUGUUGAAGAAACUAAAGAUCCAAAAAAGAAUAUGAAGACAAGUCGACAAAAAUUAUCUAUUUCUGAUGAAAACACUUUAGAACCAAAUUCAAUUCACUCAUCUCCACAAGAGGAUGAUUCCAGUUCCUGGUUAACUGUUGAAGAGAAAAUAUAUUUUGGACAAGGUAACAGUUGCACAUCACUAUUUGCUAGUAGUCCAAGAUCGCUCAGUGUUGACGUGAAUAGAAGCCAAUUCCGAGUUAUGGCAUCUGAUGAACCAGAAAAAAGUGAAAGAAAUAUAAGUAGUUCAACCAAUAUGGGGCCAGAGAAACUCACUUCUGCCAAGCCUGCUUCAGCAAUAGUGGUCGAACAAAAUAUUGACUAUGGAUUCUAGUCUUGGUGAUGAAACUGACUUAAGUUCGCAACUUGGAAUGUUAGUCACUCGCAAUGAACAUAUACAAACACAAGAAACUGAUAUUUUGGAGCUUUUUAAGCCAACUAUUAACCAGAAG